GCUCUGCAAAGUGGAUGCUGCUUUGCCAUUGGCUUCCCUUCAAAGCAAAGCCUGAGUUUUCAGUAGACAAGGGCACUCUACUGGCAUCGCACUCGACCAGACGCUAGGCAUCAUUGGGCAGCCUGCGGUUGCGAUACGCCAGUCAGAGGCUGUUGGCCCAGUUGAUGGCGCAUUUCAAUAGCUAUUGCUUCAGAUAGAAAUCUAGUUUCUUGAGUUUCAAGAGCGGUUGGUGGUCUUUCCAAAGAUGCGUGCAAGCCAUUGAAAUCUCCACCAGAGCCAGAAGAAGCUCAAAAUGAUGGCUUGUACCUCAGGCUUCUUGCAAGGGGCAGAGGUGCAAUCGCUUACGAUUCCCAAUCGUCAGAGCAUUGAGCGGUGCUUGAGCUCACUCAACAAGCCCUAUCCUUUUAGAAAGUACUUGCAAAGCACCGAUAGCGUUGGGCAACUUUUAAGACUAUCUGCCACCACUUCGCCUUAUUCCCAAGGAUUUUCCAGACGGUCUGAUGUCACAGUACGAGCUGUGACGUCGGCGCCCCCUGGGGCGCCUUCAAAUGACACUUCAAAUGCCACGCCGAUGCGACCAUCUUUAGCCAAGGCCAUGAGGUCUAUAAGUAGACAGAAACAGAAGUAUCAGCAGGCAGAGUUGAAUCAGAUUCAGAGGCAAGAACUAGUGCGGACAAAGGAAAAGGCGAGAAUAAGCGAUGACAGGCUGGCUGAGGGUUUGGGGGACUGGAAAAGGGGUUGGCCGGGAGGGGAGAAGGGGCUGAAUGAUUGGGUGAACGCAUUGGAGCUGAACAGCGAGGCCAACUGGGAGAUAAUGAAAGAAUACGACCCAGAGAAACUAGCGCGAGUCAUGGCGGAAAAACCGGGCCAAGUCAGCGCAAGGGCCCUCAAGAUCGUGACUGUGCUGACACAGUUUGCAAGCGCCAUCCUCCUGGACAAGCAGACUGGCAACCUGAAGAAGAACGCGCGGUUACGAGCCCGAAACCUGCGCAAGGCGUUGACAGAGCUGGGACCGUCUUUUGUCAAGGUCGGGCAGUCGCUGUCGGCCCGCCCCGACAUCUGCCCCCCCGAGUACCUGGAGGAGUUUUCAGAAUUGCAAGAUCGGAUACCCUCCUUCCCCACGCGGAUAGCGUUUGCGCUCAUCGAACAGGAGCUUGAACGAAGGGUGGAGGAUAUUUUCAGCGAGAUCUCGCCCGCGCCCGUCGCGGCGGCUAGCCUGGGCCAAGUCUACAAGGCCCGCCUGCGCGCCACCGGCGAAGUCGUCGCCGUCAAAGUGCAGCGCCCGAGCAUUGGCGACAGCAUCGCGCUCGACAUGUUCCUGGUCCGGAAAGCCGCCACGUGGCUCGACCAGAAGACCGAGAUUUUGACCACCGAUUUAGUUCCCCUCGUGGACGAGUUUGCAAAGCGGCUAUUCGGCGAGCUUGACUACGUGGCGGAAGGGCACAACGCGGAGCGCUUCCAGGCGCUCUACGGGGGGCUGCCACGUGUCAAGGUUCCGCGGAUACAUUGGGAGUACGUGUCGAGGAGAGUGUUGGUUAUGGAGUGGAUCGACGGGGUUAAGCUAACCGACGAAGUGGGGAUGGCGGCGCGCGGGUUAGCGGUAACGGAUUUCGUGGAUGUCGGGAUCGAGUGCAGCUUGCGGCAGCUGUUGGAGCAUGGGUACUUCCAUGCGGACCCCCACCCAGGCAAUCUGCUGGCGAGCUCCAGCGGCGAGCUCGUCUAUCUGGAUUUCGGCAUGAUGAGCGAAGCGCCACAGUCCGCACGCUACGGGAUCAUGGAGCACAUUGCGCACCUGGUGAAUCGCGACUACGCAGCCAUGGCCACCGACUACUACAAGCUAGACUUCCUGGCGCCGAACGUUGACGUGGCGCCUAUCGUGCCCGCCCUUGCCGGCUUCUUCGACACGGUGCUGGACAAGUCCGUCUCGGAGCUCAACUUCAAGAGCAUCGUCGACGGACUGGGGGCCGUUCUCUACGAGUUCCCGUUCAACGUGCCCGCGUACUAUGCGCUCAUCCUCCGCUCGCUGUCAGUGCUGGAGGGACUGGCGCUAUACAGCGAUCCGAAUUACAAGCUGCUGGGUAAGGCGUACCCGUACGUGGCCCGCCGCCUGCUGACGGACCCGUCCCCCGAGCUGCGGCAGGCGCUGGAGGAGCUGCUGCUGAAGGACGGCAAGUUCCGGUGGAACCGCCUGGAGAACCUGAUGCGCGAGGGGCGCAAGAGCCAGGGCUUCGACGACGCGCAGCUCUGGAUGCUGCUCGACUGGCUUGUUUCCGAGCAGGCGGACACGAUUCGACAGCCGCUAUCGAAGGAGAUUGUUCGCCUGAUCGACGCGUUCGGCUACCACACCACCCGGCGGGCCGCGACAGCUGUCGCGGGUUUCGUCGCUCGGCUCGCCCCGAGCGAAGCCGAAGACCUGACCGACCGGUGGUUACCCAUGAAACUCGCCGAUAGAGAAGCGUACAACCGGGCACAAGUUUUGGGUCAGGCAGUCAGCAUGCGAACACCUAGCGCAAAUUUCGGGGCGGUUGUGGCGCAGCCCGAAAAUGAGAACCCUCUAGAGGUGGCGGGGAGGCUAGCGAGGACGAUACCGGACAGUGCGGCUGAAUUGCGGCAGCAGAUAGAAAAGGUCGGCCCGCAGAUACAGCGGUUGAUGAACACCCCGGGGGGCGCGCAGAUGAUCGGAGAUGUGGGCCGGGGGGUGAUGCAGCGGGUUGCCGCGAGGGCUCUGAACUUGCUGCUUAGACGGGAUGUGAAAGAAGAGAGGUGACGGCGUCAGUACAUUAGAAGGUAGCGGAGCGGAGCGGAGCGCUGUACAUGCACUACUUGGUGCUUGCAAGGAGACGCGGUGGGACUCCAAGGUAUGCUCUGAUUACAUUGAUUGGCGGGAUACUAAAGAGUUGAGAUAAUUUUCUAGAUUGAGCAUAUGAGUGCAUGGUCGGAUUAAGUUCAAAAACCAGGUAUCUGAAUGACAAGAUAGCAACCUUGACUUACACAGACUACAGUUGUUUGAUCAGUAUCAACUUUAUAACGUGCU